CAGUCUUAUUUGUGAGUGAAUCAUCUAGACAGGUUUUGUGAAUUGGAUCAUUGAAAAGAUUUGACUAGAAUUAAAUUGUUCAAGAAUAAGAUGUUGCUUUGCUCCUCAAAGCAUCAGAGAAAGCUAAAGCAGAUGCAUGAUUUUUUUUUCAGUAUUGUAAUAUAGCACUUGCAUCAACUAUGUGCUUUUUUGUCCUUUUGACAUGAGACUAAAAUGACUAAAUGGUGAGCUUUUUUUCUAAGUUGUUUCUAAUAUGCUCUAUUGUGAUGAAAAGCAAAGGUUAGCCAGUGAGACAAGCAAGGGGAGAGGAGAGAGUAACAGACUUGCCAAAGCAACCAAACGGGGUGUGUCAAAUGGCUCUCUGCACAGUGUGAUAAACUUAGUGGACAUUUCUAUUUUUAACAUGCCUCUCUCUACCCUGUCAACAUAGACGGCUGUAUUUGCCCCAUACUGUUCAUUCAUGCCAGUGGUCCACGGUGGAUUCUGCAAGAGCCCGGGAAUGCUGGAAGACCUUUGAAGGGUUAAAGGGUUGACCUGCAGUGCAAGUGGAUCUUUGAUGUGGACGUGGGCUGUGUAACUUUAAAAACCCCAGAGGACUUCACUCUGUUUGGGUUUAGCCACCUGUCGGGACAGUUAUGGACUUUUGAAAAGGGGUAGAUUUGGAUUACAGCAAGAACCUGUGUGUACUGAGCUUUGUUCUGACCUUUCUGGUUCUUGGACGUGUGGACUCAACGGUACAAUGUCCAUAAUGUCCAGUGAAGGUGAUGCUGGAGGUCAGCCUUCCACAACAACAAUCAGCACCGUAGCCGUACAGGCUGGAGACUCACAGAUUGUUGUAGCGGUGCUGAAGUGUGGCGAGCUGGUGCAUCUACAACUGACUGAAGCACAACCCAACCUACUGGAGAUUGGAAAUAAUCAGGAUGAAACCAAAAAGCUUCUAGAGGAACAUGAGCAGCUCCUUGCCAAACUUAAGAAAAAUGAAGGAGGUGUGUGGGCUUUGCUGGAGGAGGCUGAUAAAACAGCAGCUCAGAAGGAAGGAGAGGAGCUGGUUUAUAAGGCCAUGGCGGUCUCUCUCAGCGAGGCUUGGAAAACACUGGUGGCCCACCUGGAGAAGAGGAGAUCACUUCUGAUCUUGGCAUGCCAUUUCUUUGAGUGUGCUCUGGAGUUUGCCAUUAGGAUAGAUGAAGCUGAAGACUUUCAGAGCGUUGGCCAGAAAUCAAUCACUGCAGACAACACGAAUGAACUGCUUCAAAGACACAGCGCUAUUAGAAGAGGGAUGUUGGAGAAGUCAAUGCUGGUGUUGAAUAAGAGUCGUGAGUUGCUGGAAUUUUUGAAGGACUUCCAGUCCCUGCAAGCCCUGCAGUAUGGCAGAGCUUCUCACGGGGCCUGGAGCAGCUUUGGAAAGGUGGAAGGUUUAAUGGAGAUUCUGCAGGACAGACGCCGGCAAGUGGACCUUUGCAUGAGACAACAACAGCAUGAGCUGGAAAUGAUCUACCGGAUUCAACAAUGGGAGAGACAGGAACAGGAGGUAACACAGUGGUUUAAGGAAAAGGCUACUUUGUUUUUGGAAAACAGUCAGCUGGGUUCAUCUCUGUCAGAAAAUGAGGAGUUGCUACGUGAAUACAAAGAGUAUGAACAGAAAGCCAAGGAGUGGGGUGUGCUGGUUGAGAGGUUGCUACAGCAGGCAUCAGAUCUGCUUUCCUCAAAUGAGUCCACACAACUUCAGCACUUGUCAGAGAAGAGUGAAAAACUCAAAGCUACACACGAUCAGUUCUGGAGCCUCAUGUUGAAUCGUCUGGCUCAUCUGAAAGAGAGCAAUGCCUUUUACAGCAGUGCUAAUAAAGCAUUUGAGGUGCUGAGCACCGUAGAGAUUGCUAUAAAGGAACUGAAGAAUCAACCUCUGCCAUUACCUGAACUGGCUAGGAAACAUGAAGAGUUUUCACGGAGUAUAAAAGACACAUCCGCCGAGCCUAUUCAGAGAGGUCAGCUGAUAAUUCAAAAGCUCGAUCCACAAAGUGCCCAAGGUGGAGGGCUGCAAAGGAUGCUGGGAUACAUCAAAGAAAGAAUGGAGGUUCUGAGCCAUGAGUGUCAUGCCCACAGAGAGUUAACAGGCAAAAGGCAGCAGCUGGUGUCUUCAUUUGAAGAACUAGUGGAUAAGGUCUCUGCUUGGAUUAAGAGUAGCAACAGUGUCCUUUCUUCUAGUACAGAGCCUGGUUCGUCUCUAACUGAGGCUGAGGACACCCUUAACAAGCAUGUUGAGCUACUCUCACAGUCUCAGGAUGCUCUGAGAGAAUCAGAGGCUAUAGCUGGUUUUAUAAAGGAACUAAAGGGGCUGGAAUCCUCAGAUACAGUCGAGUUGUCUAACAAAGCCUCACUUCUUGCAGAGGAGAUGAAAACACUGGUUAGAAACAUUUCAUCACAUGUGGAAAGCCUCAGACCCUAUGUAGACUUUCUGCGCUGUGCAGAUGAGGUUGAGGAGAAAAUAAGGAUACUUCAGGAAUGCUAUAAGAACAGGCCAGAGGAAGAGGAGGAAAAUGAAGGAGCAGGUGCAUCCAUGAAGGAUAUGUUAGAUGCUAAGUGGCAGUCAUUGCUGCAGAAGUUCUUCACCAUGCAGGAUCUGGGCAACAAUUUUAUUAACUCCUCUAACAUGAUCAGUGGCAACCUGAAUCUAAACAUUAAAGCAGCAGGGCAUGUUGUAGAAAAAUAUAUGGAGACACUGACCAAGAAGAAAUCUGAACUAACAGACUUGUGGACAUCCUGGCAAUUGCAUCACAGUCAGAUAAAAUCUGUAAAGAAGCAAUGGAAAAAAAUUAAGGAUCAACUAAAAAAGGCUCUUCAUGAUUUAAGGGCGAUGGAGGAGAUUUUUGCUCCAGCAUCAAAGGUUGAUUUGGGGGGUGAUUCUCAGGCUGUGUCUAAGCUACAGGAGAACUUCAGCACUGUAAAGCCAGAAUUCCUGCAACUGAAUGCAAAAGUGGAAUUCCUGGUUGAGACAUCCGAGCUGCUCAGCUUGAAGGGAAUACCGAUAAAAGAGAAGAACGAGAGAGUUUCUGAGCUCCUGCAGCUACAUCAGCGUGUCAAAGAUAAAAUCAAGGAGUAUGAAACCAUUCUCAGUAUGGCCGGUAAAUUUCAUCAGCUUUAUCGAGAGCUGGAUACUGUAUUACAAGCAGAACCAGUGACUGUGUUCAGUGACACCAGCCAGGCCAGGACCCAGUUGAGCCAACACCAAGAGAGGCAGAGUCACAUUCACCAUCUGUACAAGCUCGCUCUCUCGCUGGGUGCAGAUCUCACCAGCACUGUGCAGCAGUCGCGUCUGCUGGUGCUGUCAGUGCAGCAGUUACAGGAGAAACUGGAAAAAUUGGAGAGAGGACGCAUUGUAUGGAUUGCUGAGGCCAACAAGUGUGAAGAGAGUUUGAUGAACAACAUCCACUUCUGCCUCUAUAAGGAAGAGAUCGGUGAGCUGAGAGAGUCCUUUAAAGAUCUCAAAAAGAAAUUCAACAAUUUGAAAUUCAACUACAUGAAGAAAAAUGAGAAAUCGAGAAACUUAAAGGCGGUGAAAAAUCAGAUCCAGCAAAUUGAGAUUUACAUUGAAAAGCUACAGGUUUUGAAGAAGAAGCUGCAAGCCUUCACUCUGAAAGUAUCCAGCAGCAGUGAGAGGCAUUUAAUUGGCAACAGCCUCAGAGAGAUUGAGGAUGCCUUAAAUGAGUUGCAGAGACAGGUGGGCGAUUUUGACAGGACGGUGGAGGAGUACAAACAGAACCUGGACAUGAAUGUCAAGCUCCAGCAAGCCUUAGAGGAGUAUCAGUUCUGGUGCGACGAAGCAAGCUCCACAAUUGUACGUGUGGGUAAAUAUUCCUCUCAGUGUAAGACUAAGGAAGCAGUCAGCUCUCUCUACAAACAGUUUGAAAAAUUUGUGUGGCCCACAAUCCCACAGCAAGAGGAGAGAAUUAGCCAGAUCACAGAGCUGGCAGUACGGCUACAUGGUGCUGAAGAAGGAAAGAAAUAUAUGGAGAAAUCAAUCAACAAACACCAUGAAAUUGUGGAAUCAAUAAAAGAACUGUCAAAUGGACUGCUGGACCUUGAGGCCAAACUUCAGUUGGAGACCUUGAAACAGCCUCUAACACCUGAAGACAACAACAAACGGGACACCAUUGAUACGCCUGAACCAAAGGAAAGUGGGCAUACCCCUGAGAUGACAGGCCCACACUGUACUAAAGAGAUGCCUGUCAACAAGAAUCCAGAAAACAAGAAACCUCAGCUUCGCAAGACACUAUGCCAAGAUCUCCCAGACAAACAUCAUCCAGAGCAUCAAAAAGUACUGUCAGAGACCAGGUUGUACACACAGGAGGCCUUUUCCAAGACCAGCAAAAUGGAGACCAUCACAAGCAAAUCUACUAUAGAGAGAAGAGAAGAGAUGCACACCUCUUUCUCUCACUCCCACAACAUUAAUGUAAGCCAUUCCCCUGCAGAGUGGGAUAAGAGUCACAUUCUGCAGCAAACCAAGAGAGACUCACAAGAAACCCCACCUCUUCUUCCUCCACUUCCACGGGAUCAAGGCGUGUCACAUCCAAGCAUCAUAAGGGAGCUGCAGUGUGCUGUUCAGAAAACCAACUCUGAGGACAAGUAUCAGGCCUGUAGUAGAAAUCAUCCUUUUCACUCAUAUUCCAAGACUUCUGCUCAUCAUUCUUUAGAGGAGGAAUAUUUGCAACAUGGGACACAAGAGCCAGCAGCUCCUGUACCCGAAGAUGACUUCCAGCCUGACCAUCUCACUGAGGAAUCACUCUCCAAUGAUGAGUACGAAUGCACCUCCCCAGAUGACAUCUCUCUACCUCCUUUAUCUGAGACUCCAGAAUCCAACAUUAUUCAGUCAGAAAAUGACCUUGAUGACGGCUAUUGCAUGAGCUCUCACAGCCUUCACAUUAACCAGCACAGUCAUCAGUCUCACUCCCAGCACGGCGACACACUUCACCAGAGGCAGCGGGAGUGGAUGUCGAGUCAGGCCGAGAGCUACCCAUCUCCCACCACUGGCUUGGGGGCCCGCUUCAGAGCAGAGUCGUCCUCUUUUGUUCAAAGCCCCCUCACAGUACCUGCCCCUAGCCUUGUAUCAAACACCAUAUCCAGCAUCUUAAAAAGCAAAUCUGGCAACCCACCAUCAAGCGGCAUCACUGAAACACAUUACUCAGUGCAUGAGAGUUGUACAGAGAUGCAAAAGUGUGUGCAUGAUUCUAGUACGAGUCAGUGCCACAGCGGUCAGCCCAAUAACACGCAUGCUACCCCUACUCCAUUAACCACUGAGCAGGACUCAGAUCUCUGCAAGCCCACAGCCAUCCGAGAGGAGAUCAGGCGGGCAUCUUCCAAAAAGGUUAUGGGAAAACUGGCAGGUGGCACAGGCCCUAACUUCUCCAAACCCUUGUCUAAUGCCACAGUAAUGGAGGGCUCUCCGGUGACCCUGGAGGUGGAAGUCACUGAAUUCCCUGAGCCUACAUUAACCUGGUUCAAGAAUGGACACAAACUGGCCAAUGAUGAGCACAUAGAACUAUCCCAUAAAGAAGGAAAACAUACAUUGUUCAUUCACAGCUCUGCAGUGAGAGACUCUGGGCAGUAUGUGGUCACUGCCUCUAACUCAGCCGGCACUGUCACAUCCAGCUCCAUGCUGCAGGUCAAAGUGCACAGGGUCACUCCACACUUCCUCUCCAGACCGGAUGAGCAAAAUGUAUUAGUGGAAGAAGACCUCAGCUCACACUGCACUUUUCCUCAAAUGCUUUGCAAGAAAGAUUAUAAGACUGCAGCAUGUGAUGACAGCCAAGUGAGUCAAACAGCAUACACAGUCUGAAACCAUAGCAUUCUGCAAUUAUUUCAUUGUCACCAUACCUUUGAGAGGGACAUAAUGGAAGGAAGAAAAUGUGUCCACUGGUACAAUAGACACAUUAAAAUAAAUUGUAUAUAUAUUUUUUAACAGAAGCCAAAACUUUCAUAAAGGCCAGUGAUUAUGGAACAUAUAAGACGGAUCUGGAAAACCCAUUAUCACUCAUCAGAUGCUGUUUAGGGGAAAAACUUUGGAUAUCAGAGUUCACCGAUCCUGAUCUUCUCAUUCUUUGUGAAUUGUUCAUAAUUAUAAUAUCUGUGACACUGUUGUUUGCGACAGAUAACUUGGUAUACAUUGCCUUGCAAAAGUAUUCUGUAUCCAAUACCAAUAAAUGUCAUAUACACAUUCUGAACAAAAAUAAACAACUUAAAAACA